AUGCAGGAAGAAAAUGAGUUCGCACCUGGGCAAGAAGUGGCCAACGUCAACAUGACUUGGAGGCCUCACAGACUGCAAGAUGAAGGCGUCAAUGUGGAUACUUGGUUCAGCCCUGACUUCAUACACAACAUGGAUAUGGAAGGCAAACCGCAUAUUGCAUCUUAUCUCAAUGUGCAGUUGAUAUCGGACGAUGAUUCGCAAAAUGGAACCGCCAGCAACUCGACAGGGAACAGCACUGCUGAGUCAUCAGAGGGUGAUGACGUCGAAGAGGAUGGAGUGUUGCUCCCCACGGGAGGCAUGGCAUUCGAAGAGGACUAUGUUGGGAGACCACCAAAAGCUCAUUACAAGAGGAGGGUUCUUCCAGGCGUUAAUGUUGAUGGGAGUGUCUUCUGUGGACAAGCGCAAACGGCGAACAGCAUCUAA